GGUUGUUGUUGAUGAUGUGGUGUUUUGAUUUUUACAUAAGUAUUUUAGCGAUUUUUAGUAUUUUAAAAGUUUAUGGAACUGAAUCCAACAUCACAUUCGAUGAGAAUGGAUAUAUUUUGUAUUGUCCGUGUAUGGGCAGAUACGGCAAUCAAGCAGAACAUUUUCUAGGAUCAAUAGCAUUUGCUAAGGGACUUAACAGGACUCUAGUCCUACCGCCUUGGCGAACAUAUAAAAAUAUAAAAUUUUCAGAAUUUUUUGAGGUAGCUCCUCUGCAAGAAUAUCACAGAGUUCUUUUGAUGGAAGAAUUUUUAGAAAAAAUAGCUCCAAAAUAUUGGCCUGUUGGGAAGAGAAUAGGUUAUUGUUGGCUGCCACCUCAAUCUACUGUUAAGUGUACUCUCAAGGAAGGGAAUCCAUUCCAACAGUUUUGGGAUGAGCUUGGUGUUGACUUUGAUGGUUAUAUGUCACAUCAUCUUAGUUUUGAUGUAGAAGAUCCCUACACCAAGAAGGAAUGGGAACUAGAGUUCCCACCCUCAUCUUUUCCAGUAUUAGCACUAAGAGGAGCCCCAGCUAGGUUCCCAGUGAAUGAGGACCACAGACACAUACAGAGGUAUCUAAAAUGGUCUCCUCACUUACUGAAACAAGUGAGUAAGCUGAUCAGUGAACUUUUGCCUAAGGGACCAUUUGUUGGUAUUCAUCUUCGUAAUGGAUUAGACUGGGAGAAUGCUUGUAUGCAUGUAGAAGGGCUGCCUAACUUCAUGGCAUCCCCACAGUGUCUUGGCUACUCCCAAUAUCGCAAACUUAACAAAGAGAUUUGCUUUCCUUCGAAAGUAGAAAUGUUGAACCGAACUAAGGCAACGGUAGAGAGGAUCAAAGCUAGUGCUGUGUAUGUUGCUACGGAUAAUGAACCAAUGCUCUCAGAUUUGAAAGCCACUCUUUUGGAGUAUAAGACGCACGUCGUUCAUGCAAAUCCUCCACUCCCUCAGAUAGAUCUAAUUAUCCUUGCCAAAUCAGACUUCUUUAUUGGGAACUGCGUUUCGUCGUUUACCGCACACGUUAAGCGUGAAAGAGACGUUAAUGGUUUGCCUUCUUCAUUCUGGGGUUAUACUGAAAAAUAGCAGCAGCAACAGCAACAUCAUCACUAGCAGCAACAGCAACAUCUUCACUAGCAGCAACAGCAACAUCUUCACUAGCAGCAACAGCAACAACAACAAUACACCAACACAACCAACACCACCAACACUGAGCAACAACAGCAAGUGACAACAACGAACCAAACAAACUACAGCAAGAAAUAAAUAGGAACUAGCAAGAAAGGUGGCACACCUCCGAAGCACACUAUAUAGAAUUCGUUUUCAUUUAAAAACGCAGCAAAAAUCACUAGCACAUGGUAGAAAAGUAGGGGGAAAAUUAGACAAGAAUAAAAAUAUUAAAUUAGUAAUUAGAAUUUGUCAAAAAAGGAAAGCGAAGCAGAUUCGAAAUAAACGUAUUCAAAAAGGUCAUAUUA